GGGGGGGGGGGGGGGAGAGACUGGACUAUGCCGAAACUGGGAUAAGUAAAGCGCGGAGCCCACGGACAGGCAGACCAGGCGCUAGAACAGAAGUACCCGAGGGCAUUGUGACCUUCUGGAUCCUUACAGAAUGUGAUGUCUUAUGGUGGAACUGGAUCUGCUAGGGACUGGCAAGGCUCUUAGUUUUCUUCUUUUUUUAAAAAUAUUUAUUUAGAGAGAAAGGGAGAGAGAAUUGCAGCAGGCUCCACGUGGUCAGAGCUCAUCAUCUCACGGCUCCAUCUCAUGAACCCUGAGAUCAUGACCUGAGCUGAAAGCAGGAGUCUGAUACUUAACCGAUUGAGUUACCCAGGUGCCCCUGGCAAGGCUCUUAAAGAAUAAAAAAGGGGAUUCGCAAGGGUCUUCAGAUAUUACUUCUUUAAGAUUACAAAUCAAGUAUUAUCCUUUAGUGAUAUUUGACAUUUCAAAUUAAAUAUAAGAAAAUCCACACACAAAAAAGUGUGGCAUCGUAUAUGCUUUUUCAAAUUACAUCAGUCUCUGGGAUGUUCUGAUCUGCUUACCCUUUCUUUCCUUUUUGAGUGUCAUUGAUCUAAUGCAACUUUCUACUGUGACACAAUCUCUCUAGUCUACGGUAUCCGGUGCAAGGGAGUCAGCAUCACAGAAGAUGCACUGCUUAGUCAAUGGCUUGCUGUACAGCAAGUUAGAAACUUCUUGCGUUGAACAGAAAUAUACUCCCUAGUGAUACCUGUUGUUCCUGUUGAGGUCCUUGGGAAAAUAGAUGACACAUUAUUUCUCCUUUUCAUUAACAUCUCUUCUAAUAUUCUAGGAUAGCUAUAAGUUUGGAGUUCUUUCCUGAGUUGCCAUUUCCCCACAAGUUGUACCUUAUUAGCAAAUUAUGGCAGUGGUGCAUUUGUGUCUUGAGUUUUAGCUGACUCAGGCAGUUUGCUCCAGUAAGAGGACAAUAAGAGGCACUCUCUUAGAAGUCCAUUUCUCUCCCGUAGGCAUCAAUCCCUAACAAAGAGUGGUAAGACUAUUAUUUUGCAGGGUGCCUGGGUGACUCAGUUAGUUAAGCGUCCAACUCUUGGUUUUGGCUAAGGUCAUGAUCUCAAGAUUUGUGAGUUUGACCUCAUGUCAGGCUCUGCACUGACAGUACAGAGCCUGCUUGGGAUUCUCUCCCUCUCUGCCCCUUCCCUGCUCAUGCUCUCUCUCAAACUUAAAAAAAAUUUUUUUAAGACUAUUAUUUUGCUUUUGAGCAAAAUUUUCUUUCAGCAGUUCUUCAGAUGACAGAGGUGGCAACAAUUAACCAACUUACAAAAUUUGUAAUUUUUAUCUUACACUAUGUUACUUUUUUGUUAAUGUUUAUUUUUUUUUUUUUGAAAGAGAGAGAGAGAGAGAGAGAGACAGAGCAUGAGUGGGGGAGGGUCAGAGGGAAAGGGAAACACAGAAUCCAAAGCAGGGUUCAGUCUCCGAGCUGUCAGCACAGAGCUUGAUGUGGGGUUCGAACCCACAGACUGUGAGAUCAUGACCUGGGCCGAAGUCAGACACUUAACCAAAUAAGCCACCCAGGCGCCCCUAUUACUAGGGUUCCCAAGGGUCAAGCACUUUAUUAAUUUUUCCCAUAUGUCCACCAUUACAGUAGGCAUGAAUAGAUACAAAAGAAGUAAAAUAUUACAGUAGAACUGAUACAUGUUCUAAAUAUGGGUUUGUCUUCCCAGACUGCUUUGUCUCCAUAGGCACCAUCAUCUGAGGGUUUGUAGAAUGCCUUAUCCGUUAGACCUACCUUAAAUCAAGGAAUCCAGUUUAUAGUCAAGGAGGUCUGACAAUGAACUUGUAAUCACAGAAUUCAUGGUUCUUACUCAUCACCCAGAAGCAGCUAGCCUGAUAGAACUAUGGAAUGGCAUGUUGAAGACACAGCUAAAUUACACCUUGGAAAAUUGGGGAGCUGUCCUCCAGGAUACAGUAUAUGCAAUGAUAUGCAUUGAACCAAUAACAUAUAUGGUGUUGUGUCUCCAAUAGAAAGACUACUUGGGUAUAGAAACCAACAGGUUGAAACAGGAGUGGCCCCUAUUACUAUAAUAUUCAGUAACUCACUGGUGGAAUUUGUGCUUCCUAUCUUCAAACCUAGAGUCUUCUGGGUUAUGGUUCUGAUUCUCAGGAAGAACAUUUCUAGAAGAUAUAUUAAAUGUUCCAGUGAACUGGAAGCCAGGCGACUUUGAGUUCCUUGUGCCAGUAGAUCAGUAGGCAACGAAUGGAGUAAUUAUAAAGGCCCCCACAGUCCCUGCCACACACACUACAUAAAUACAAAAACAUACCCAGCUGUCUGCAUUCAAUAGCCUAUCUUCCUGAACCUUGUAAGUACUUUAGUGUAGGAAUGGGGCUUGGGGGCAAAGGGGAGAGGGCAGGGUUUAGACAAAGAAGAAAAACAAUGUAUAACCAUGUAAUGGCUCUUAGAGACAAUUUGGAACACUGGCAGGAGACUUGAGGAAGUAUGUAGAAGUUCUAGGACCAAGAGGUCUUUAAGGAGGACCGUAGUUUAGUGAGCCAGUCAGUGAUGAAGGAGCAAAGAUUUACUCGAGUGGUUUAUUGAAGAGUCAUGGGGAAGUAGAAAGAAAACUGACAAUAUCAGCAAGAUCAAAGAGAAUGGGAUAUUAUUUAGGGCUUGGAAGGUUACUCAGAGUAUCACCUAGUCAUUGGUACCCUCUGUAGCAUGUGGCUAUUCCUUUUGUGGGUCUUCCGUUGUGCUCAGACUUGUCUUGGAAUUUAGAGUGUGCCAGUCUUUCAAGGUCUCAGUUACAGUUUUAUAAAAGGUGAGGUAUCUUGAUCUACUCUUAAAGUAAUGGUAAAAGCCAUAAUUAUUGUGAUAACAUUUUGACAGCAAAAUUCGACUUACUGGGAUGCCUGGGUGACUUCAGGUGGUUAAGCAUCUGGACUCGAUUUCGGCUUAGGUCAUGAUCUCAUGGUUGGUGAGUUCCAGCCCCGUGUUUGGCUCAGCACUGGUAGUGCAGAGUCUGCUUGGAAUUCUGUCUUCCUCUCUGCCCCUCCCCUGCUCGCACGUGUGCACUUUCUCUGUCUUUCAAAAUAAAUAAACAUUUUAAAAUUUUAAUUUAAAAAAUUCGAUGAACUGUAGCAAUUCCAUUAUUAUUACGCCGAAAACUCCCUGGUAGUUUUAGCCAAGCUCAGAAUCUUAACUGUCUAGUACUGGAAAGAAUGUCUAUUGCCCAUAGAUGAAAUUUUUGAAACUACUACCCAUUCAAAUGACAGUACGUAAUCACGGUCUCCAGAGAAGCAACGACUUUGGUUUUGUGAAACCAUUCAUUCUUGACUUCACUUUGAUAUUUCUUUCUACAUUUUUGUUUCAGUUCCUCUGACACACAAAAUCACUAAGUAGUCGUAUGGUUUAAUAACUAGAAUUCUUAGGAUUAUUGCCAUCAGUAAGAAAAAGGAGAAACAUAAGUAUCUGAGAAGAAUGGUAGCAAAGGAAACUUAAGCCCCCUUCACCAGGCUGCGAAAAGCUGAGCUAAGGGGAGAGAUCCCCAAAGCCGGACAAUGCCGUCAGUGGGGAACAAGGCCACAGUCCUCCCGCGUUCCUAGAGAGGACCCCUCUUCUGAAAGAGGUGUUGACGCACUUCCGGCUUCUGUGGGACUCACAGAUGUGCGCGCAAUCAAGGUUGUGACGAGCAGAGGGUGUGGGUCCAAGUGCGCCGCCCUUCGCCACCUCCCCCCAAGAGUCACCUCCCUUUUCUGCCCCAGCACCCCCAGACGUCUCCGGGGUUCACGCAGGAUAGCAAAAACUGGCCUCAUAAAACAUCUAGGACCUUAUUUGGAUCAAGUGAGCCAGUUCUUCGAACCUGAACAAUGACUGCUGAAUCAAGGGAUACCGCAGAUUUGUCUCCACAGGCCACCCAGGAGGUGGAAGGCAUAGUGAUAGUGAAAGUGGAGGCGGAAGAUGUAGAUGAGGAAGGCCAUUUUCAAAGGGGAAGAAAUAGCAUAGAAUUAUCCCCACAAUUUAUUAGUCGGUCCACAACCAUGAAUGAGAGAGCCUUAUUAUCAUCAUAUUUGGUUGCCUGUCGAGUGGCAAAAGAGAAAAUGGCUCACACGGCUGCUGAAAAAAUUAUUCUUCCAGCAUGUAUGGAUAUGGUACGUACAAUUUUUGAUGAUAAAUCAGCUGAUAAAUUAAGAACUAUACCUCUUAGUGAUAAUACAAUAUCUCGUCGAAUCUGUACAAUUGCAAAACAUUUAGAGGCAAUGCUUAUUACACGGCUGCAGUCUGGUAUAGAUUUUGCAAUCCAACUGGACGAGAGCAUGGAUAUUGCAAAUUGCCCAACACUCUUGAUUUAUGUCAGGUAUGUGUGGCAAGAUGACUUUAUAGAGGACCUGUUGUGUUGUUUAAGUUUAAAUUCACUUAUAACGGGAUUAGAUUUAUUUACCAAAUUAGAAAAGUGCAUUGUUGGUCAAUAUAAAUUGAACUGGAAAAAUUGUAAAGGAAUUUUAAGUGAUGGAGCAGCAAAUAUGACUGGGAAACAUAGCAGGGUUAUUGAAAAAUUGUUAGAAGUAACACAUAACAAGGCUCUUUGGAAUCAUUGUUUUAUUCAUCAAGAAGCUUUGGUGUCCAAAGGAAUUCCACCAGGUCUAAUGGAUGUAUUGAAAAACGCAGUGAAAAUUGUUAAUUUUAUUAAAGGAAGAUCCUUAAACAGCCGACUUCUCGAAAUAUUUUGUUCAGAGAUUGGAGUUAACCAUACCCAUUUACUGUUUCAUACAGAAGUUCGUUGGCUGUCUCAAGGAAAAGUAUUGAGCAGAGUAUAUGAACUCAGGAAUGAGAUUUACAUUUUUCUCAUUGAAAAGCAAUCUCAUUUGGCAAAUAUUCUUGAAGAUGACCUAUGGGUAACAAAAUUGGCAUAUUUGAGUGAUAUUUUUGGCAUUCUUAAUGAAUUACAUUUGAAAGUACCGGGGAAGAACAAUGAUAUAUUUCAGUAUCUUGAAUGUAUUCUAGGAUUCCAAAAGACGUUGUUGUUGUGGCAAGCAAGACUUAAAAGCAAUCGCCCUAGCUACUAUAUGUUCCCAACACUGUUGCAGCAUAUUGAAGAGAACGUUAUUAAUGAAGACUGCUUAAAAGAAAUAAAAUCAGAGAUAUUGAUGCAUCUCACUUCUUUGUCUCAAACCUUUCAUCAUUACUUCCCAGAAGAGAAAUUUGAAUCAAUAAAGGAAAAUAUUUAGAUGAAAGAUCCCUUUGUAUUUCAAACCCCAGAAUCAAUCAUUGAGUUAAACUUGGUGCCCGAAGAAGAGAAUGAAUUAUUGCAGCUCAGUUCAUCCUUCACACUGAGGAAUUAUUAUAAGACAUUAAGUCUAUCAGCAUUCUGGAUUAAAAUUAAAGAUGAAUUUCCACUGCUAAGUAGAAAGAGCAUAUUGCUGCUAUUACCGUUCACAACUACCUAUUUGUGUGAAUUAGGAUUUUCCAUCUUGACACGAUUAAAAACAAAGAAAAGAAAUAGGCUCAACAGUGCACCUGACAUGCGUGUAGCCCUAUCCUCAUGUGUUCCUGACUGGAAUGAACUUAUGAACAGGCAAGCACACCCAUCGCAUUAAGUGUGAUGAGAUGCACUUAAUGAAAAGUGCUAUGAAAUGUGGUUUUUGUACUUUUUAAGGGUUUCUUUGGUAGAUGGUAUUUAUUAAUAAAAUUAUA